GGCUGGAACAAGUGGGAGCAACCUGCCAUCAUACUGUACUAUUACCAAAAAAAAAAAAAAACAGUUCAAAUCAAGUAUCAGAAGCUAAACAGCACGCCACAAACGUGAUUUAAGUUAUUUCUAGAUAUUAUUCAGUAUAACUGGGGGACGUUUUUUUUUUAAAGACAACAGGAGAAAUCGGGUCUGUUCUGCUCCAGUACACCGCGUUUUUCUUUUCGUCUUUGUACAAAGGAGGAUCUGUCCGCUCUGCUGCAGGUAGAUAACUGCGCCCAGGUAAUGUAACAUGAAACUGAACCAUGUGACCAAUGGCGAUUUGAAGAGUAGACGAAAAAAAAACUGCUUUCCAUAAAGCACCAACUGGUGGUGCAAGUCGAGGAUGUAGUUGACACUGAGGGAUCUAUUCUUUCGCAGAUGUACGGAAAACCUUUUUUAAUGCCUUGGGAUGUUACCUGUCAUUUUCAUUGGACUAAACCAUUUGUUGCAGUUUCAUUUUUGACAAGGUGAGGCGGAAGCAACAUGGUACAUUCGUGAGGAAUCAACCUGCUCGGUGUUUCCCGUUUUGCUUUGGCCACCUGAAAACAGCUGGAUCAUGGCUGUUCAAGGAGGACAAUAAAUCCACACAGUGAAUGUCGUCCUAAUGAAAUGGACCCAAGCUGAUGCCCUUAAAGUCCCAGCCUGCCCUCACUCGGCCCUGCUGGCCACGGGUAGAGAUGGCAGCGUAUCCGGAUGUGCUGGCCGUCCCUGGUGUUGUGGUUGGGAGUGUUUUACUGCUCGUACUGAGCAGUAAUCCUGUGUGGGGCAAUUAUACCACCCCAGUGAUUGGCACCACUUCUAAUGAGACUAAUGGACCCAACAUUGCAGCUAUCGUGGCCCCUACGGUCACUCUGGGCGUGCUGGCCAUAGUGUUGGCUGUUCUCGCCUGGCUCUUCUGCGUGGUGAAAAAGAAGAGGCAGACUGAAGGGACGUACAGACCCAGUGCUGAGGAACAGUCCGGUGCACACAGCGUGGCGGCACCAGAUGCACUAAAGUUACCAAAGGAGGAGAGACUCAUUUGAGAUGUAGCGCUUUAUGUUCUAACAGACUGCAAACAGUGGAUUUGAAGACCACGACUGAACACUUCAAGCAGGGUCUGAACAUUUCUUCUGCACAGGUGAAACUGGAGUGGCAGUAUUUUAUCAACACUAAUGAUUGUAGUUUCAACACGUUUUUCUUGUUUCAUUUUACUUGAUUUGAUUCAGUCUAUUAUGAGAUACUGUCACUGGCAAAAUCUACACUGAUCCUUUACCUCAAACUUGUUGUUUUGUUUUCCACAGAGAGUCCAUUGCAUUUGAAACUGAUGUUUUUUUUAGCUAAACACUUUGUGUAAUCAAACAUCUUACCACAAACUUCUUGAUUUUAAGUAACCUGCUGUGCAAUAAAAAUGAAGUUAUACUAUGAAAUCAUACCCUGCAAACACAAACAGUUGUUUACACUUUUAAGUAUUCUUUGAAUGAUCAUACGAAUGUAAAGUUGCGUUAUUUAAAACAUUUCACUUCAUCGGAUCAACCUUGCAGCGCAUAAUGCAUUGCAAUCAAGCAGAGAUGUUUGACAGUUUCACAGCAUAUUUAUUAAUGAUUUGAUCAAAUAAAUAACAGCGUACUUGUAUAAUAGUUGAAUAAUUAAAUGUUACA